UUCUCGUCCACAUUAUAUUGCUAUCCUAAACUUGAAUUGCUUUCACGUUUACACUUGUGGGUUUCUUCGAUCUUUGGUUUUGUUUCUUCACUUAUUUCUGGGGUUUUCUUCAUCAUAUCACCCGGCAACUAUCAGGCAGUGAAGGAUCUGAAAAGAAUAGGGGAGUGAGAUAUGUGGUCACGCAAUUUAGAUUGGUGGAUGCUUUCACUGGCAAUAAUCUUACUAAUAUUGGCAACAUCAUCAUCUCCAACUUCACAAGCAGCUAAGACUUUAAGAUAUAAGAAUGGGGUGAAAACAGCUACCUUCCUAUCACCAAAGGUUGAAGUAGAACCUGGAAUGGUAUCAAUCGAAUACUAUUAUAAAAUCGACUUCCCAAAGGGUCAUAUUGCUAUCAAAGGAUUUGAUGCAGAAGUGGUUGAUGAAGCAGGGAAUUCAGUCCCUCUACACGAGGCAUAUCUCCACCAUUGGACCGUUGUAAGGUCCUAUCUGCGUCAAGGUGUUGAAAAGCCAAGUUUGGGGUCUAACCAAUCAGAUUAUAUAGUCGUGGGGAACUCUGGAAUUUGUGCAACUCUUACACAACAUUUUGGGCUCGGAGCAGAGACGAGAAAAACAGACAGUCACAUCCCAAAUCCAUAUGGAGUAGAAGUUGGGAACCCAACAGAUGUCCCCGAAGGUUAUGACGAGGGAUGGACACUUAACGUGCAUAUAAUCGAUACGCGGGGUGUUGAAGAUAAGAUUGGAUGCACUGAAUGCAGGUGUGACCUGUAUAAUAUCACAAUGGAUGAGCAAAAGUUAUAUAAAGAACGAGGUUAUAUUGGAGGCGUGUUUUGUUGCGGUGACAAGAUGAAAUGCAAGUUAAAAGAAGGAUAUAAUAAUGAUACCAAAAGAAGUCUCUACCUAAAGUACACUGUGAAAUAUGUUGACUGGGAUUCCUCCAUUGUGCCUCUCAAAAUUUAUAUACUUGAUGUUGCUGAUCCUUGGAAAAUGUCUGAUGAUUCCAAAGAGUUCAAGAAAUUGCACAUGUGCCAGGUUGAAUAUUAUGUGGAGUCAUGUUCUGAUGCUGUGGUUAAUGAUAAAUGUGUUCAUACCAAAAGUGCAAGUGUAAUUUUGCCAAGUGGAGGGGAUGUCAUCUAUGCUGUUGCCCACCAGCACGCAGGAGCUAUUGGUUCAACUCUUUAUGGACAGGAUGGACGGACAAUAUGCUCAUCCCUCCCUAUUUACGGGAAGGGAAAGGAGGCUGGAAAUGAAGCGGGAUACAUUGUAGGAAUGACAACUUGUUAUCCUCGACCUGGUUCUGUCAAGAUUGUUGAGGGGGAGAUGAUAACCAUUAUGUCUAAUUAUAGCAAUAGCCAGAGCCACACUGGAGUCAUGGGUUUUUUCUACCUUGCUGUUGCUGAACCUUUGAAGAAACCCAACUCUAUCUUGCAUGCUCAAAACUAGAGAUAAACAGACAUUUGGAUUGAUUUUGCCCGGUGAUGCCAUGAUCCCAACAAAUGGCCUUUGGGGCUUUAUUUGCACCGUGUGGAAUUGCAAAUUGUAACAAUGGCUACGAACCUAUAGUUGUUUGAGGCGGCUGUUUCAUGCUCUGGUUUACAUGUUUGCUGUGUAAUAUGGAAAAUGAUAUAGGUUGUGUGUAAUAAAAAUUGUGGUCCAUAUUUUUUUAAGUGAAUCAAAAGGUGACAUGCAAGCAGGCAAUAUAAAAUAUAAUAGAAUGUGGGAGUACAUGUAGUAUUACUCUGUAAUAUUACUACUUUUU